GAAUCCAAAUUUGCUAUCGAGGCCCAGCGAUUGGAUCAGAGAGAGAGAGCUGAAAAAAGAUAAACAACAGAGGGCUGAGAGCGUGACCGGUCUCCAGACUGUAAGCUUUAUCUUCUCCAACGAGCCGAGCUCUCUCUCCUUGUAGAGAGAGAGAGAGAGAGAUGGAAGUGGCCAUGUCCGUCCGAGGUCUGGCUCGCCUUCCGCUGUCCAAUUCCAAAGUAAUAGCCCACGAAAAUGGCGUCUUUCUGGGGUCGCCUCUCCCUUUGCGAAAUCCUACCAGCCGAAGGCAGUCCGAGAAGAAGCGGCAGCUGAUGGUGGUGGAGGCCGAGGGGAAGAAAGGGAUGAUGGGCCGCCAGUUCCAGCGACCUCCCCCUCCGGCUCUCCCCAAGAUCGAGGACGACGGCAACCCCCGAUUCGUCAUCUUCAUCCGAACCACAAACGUGUAUCUUUGGUACCCUCUUAGUCUAAUAACAGGUGGCACAACUGCAAAGAUUAUGGUUGCUGCUAAAGAUAACUUUCUUGGAAAAUAUAUCUAUAAAGAUACUAUUGCCAGAAACCUGGCAGCUGUGAUUUACAGAGAUGAGAAGGAGAUACAAAAGACAGCAUUCAAGCAAUAUCGUGUGUUGCGCUCUGCUACUGCAUUUAGAUAUGGCUACAAACUUGUUGAAAAUAACAAUUUGAGAGCUGCCCUUUCUACGAAUGAUGUUAUUGAACUUCCAACACAGGAAGAGCUUAAAACUGUUCUUGAUAAGGUGAAGGACUUUUUUGGCGAUGCUGCCAGUGGUGCCAAAGAAUCAUUUGGGAAGCUUACUACAUUGAAUUCACUGACAAAUGAAGAAAAGGAGUCGAGAUCUGAGGUAAAGAGCUGAUGUUAUGGUCUUCUCAGUAGCAGGAAUGCAGGAGAACCAAGGUCUCUGAUUAAGUAGCUGUUUUAGAUUUGUUAAGACUUACAAAAUUGUCUGUAUAGUACUUGCAGUAAGGAGGGGGGGGGGGGGGGGGGGGGGGGGACCGGAGAACUGUGUAAGCUUUUGUCUAUUUCUUGAUCUUCAAAUGGAAUUUGCAGAUCUUUUCCAUCU